AUGGCCAUCUUCCGAAAAUUGGAGCAACGGAGGAGGAGGAAAGAGCUGGAAGAGUACAAUCGAUUACGCGAUGAAUUGACGGCGCUGUACGAUGAGGAUGACGCUCAAAUCGCAGCCGGGACGAAGAAGGAAGAGGAGGAGAGAGGCGCCGAUCGUCUACUUUCCCGAAUCGCUACGGGAAUAAAUCUUGUGCUCCUCGGUGGAAACCUGACAGCUUCAAUUCUGUCCAGUUCUCUGGCCAUUAUCAGUACGUUCAUCGAUUCGGCGAUGGAUUUGACGAGCAAUAUCAUAAUCGCCAUCUGUUUGAUGUUGAUUCAAAGGACCAAUGCCUAUCACUAUCCACGCGGGAGAGAUCGCCUAGAAUUGAUCGGCGUGCUCGUGUGCUCGAUUUUGAUGGGAAUCGCGAAUAUCGUCGUCGUUUUCCAAUCCGUUUUGGCCAUUUCGAACGACUCGAUGAACGCCAAGAUUGACUAUUUCUCUGGCGGGCUAAUGCUUGGAGGAGCCGGGCUGAAGAUUGUUUUGGCUGUUAUAUGCUUCAAAAGAGGGACACCUUCCUCAAAGGUGCUAGCAAUGGACAUGCGAAAUGAUGCGGUCACGUGUCUGACAGCCUUCUGCGCGGCGUUGAUUGCCCAUAAAUGGUGGAAAUAUGCUGAUCCGAUUGGAGCGAUUCUCGUUUGCUCAAUAAUCGCGUUCAACUGGUUCUCACACGCCGUGGAGAAUAUUCCGCAAAUGGUCGGGGUGAGGGGAGACCCGCGACUUCUUUCUCGAGUCAUACGAGUCGCCUCUCAACACGACUCCAGAAUUAAGAAGAUUGAUCACGCGAUAUGCUAUCAAACGGGCACUGCGGCUACGGUGGAAUUACAUGUCGUGUUGGACCAGCAUUUGCCGUUGAAGGAUACCCAUGAUAUCUGCCAUCCUCUCGAGCGAAAACUGUGGCGUCUAGAUGGAGUUGAAAGAGCCUACGUCCACUGCGACUACGAGUGUGAUGGGGAUCAUUUUGUUGAAGAAGCCGUUUCCGAACGACGCCCCCUGGCGGAUGGA